ACACACACACACACACCUCCGGUCCAAACCCCCAGAAAAGCCGUGCUGAAUCCUCACACCGUCUGUCAGCAUGGGGAGCGCUUGUUUUUCUCGGGACUUUUGUUUGUUCAUCCUCCUCAUAAAUACUUGCGGGGUGAUGGGGAAUGCCGGACUGGCAGAUGUAGAUGAGUGCGCAGAGGACUCAGACGACUGCCACAUCGACGCCCUCUGCCAGAACACAGCCAAAUCCUACAACUGCAUCUGCAAGCCUGGAUACAAGGGAGAUGGGAAACAGUGCGAGGAUGUGGAUGAGUGUCUGGACAACAACGGUGGAUGCCAGCAAGUGUGUGUUAACACCAUGGGGAGCUAUGAGUGUAUGUGCACAGAGGGCUUCUUCCUCAGUGACAACCAGCAUACCUGCAUCCACCGCUCUGACGGUAAGACAUCAGUGGAGAAAGAGUGCAGUCCACAGUGAACUCUCACCGUGGACCGCACACAAAAGACUAUUUUGUUGCUGUGAGGCAACAAGUCUAAUUCAUAUGAUGGUUCAUUGGUUUUGAAUCUUGACUUUUGAAGCACAUGGCUCAACUAGCAACAUCAAAUUAUUUGUUCUAAGACAAUAACUGUAACUGACCAGUGAUGUCGUAGAUUUGCAGUUUGAGCAACACUAAACGUGAUAGUGCUAAUAUAAAUGUGAAUAUGUGGAAUAAAAUUCAUUGUAAAAUUCCAGAAUUUACAUUUUCUAUCACAGAUAAUUAUGAUGAUGACCUUUUUUCCAAUGUCAUGAGCACCAAACCAAGUCUUGAUAAGGAGGAUAAAAAUAGCUCAUAAUCAUGAUGUGAAGCUUUUCCCAGUCAGUCCAGAUGGGAAUAUAAUUUUGAGGUGUCAAAAUCCAAUGCAAAACUUUAUGGAUCUGGAAAAAGAAUUGCCACAUAGGCAUGAAGAUGUAGGCAGGCUAUUGGACAAACUGUGGCAAACAAGCUCUGUGUUUAAUUAUUCCUCCAAUUUAAUUCAAUUCAAUUCAGUUCAGUUUUAUUUAUAUGGCACCAAAUCACAACAACAGUCAC